AACCUGGCGCGCAUGGCGGGCAUGCGCCCCACUCUGGUGUUCCUCUCGCACCACGCCGACCUCAACGAGGACAAGAGGGUGGUCGAGUCCCUCCGCGACCUCCUGCCAGCCGACUCCGUGAUCAUCUACUUCAAGCUGGAGCUGAUCCGUCCGCUGGACUGCACCGAGGACGUGACCCACGAGGGCAUCUUCGGCGAGUUCCUCUUCCGUGCCGACGCGGCCCCGGGGGCCCUGCGGUCGGGCGAAGCGGCACGGCAGUUCCCGGCGUCCACGGACGGCGGCGCUGUUUUCCACAACGUGCUGCCAGGCGUGCUCAUGUUCCAGGCGCUGCACGUGACCGAGGCCGGCCUGGAGGGACACGCCGUCACCUCCUACUUUACCGAGGCCUCCACCAAGCGCACCAUUCAGGUGACGUCGGCGGCGCUGUUCUGCACGAUGCACAGCGCGCGGCUGAUGCCUUUCAUGCGGUCCCUGCGCGAUAGCUUCGGCACGACGGCCAACACGAUCGCCGUGGCCUUCCCGCGCAACCAGGACGAGGCCCUGCCCGAGCUGGAGGCCUUCGAGCGCUGCUUCCCGGACGUGCCGGCGCUCGCCAACCAGGCCACCGAGUUCAACGUGGACGGCCAGUACGCGCCGCUGGGGCGCCUCAAGCUCAUCCUGUUGCUCAUCAAGCUGCUCGAGUGACGGCUUUCUACAUAGUCUCCCUUCUUCGCCGAUCAUCGCCCCAAAGAAUAUUAA